CAUGAGAGUUGGUACUUUUGGUGGAUAAAACAGCUCCUCCUACAUAGAGACUUCAGUUCUAAGGUCAUUUAAAAUGCAUUAAGCUGGGAAGCUGUUCAUUGAGAGAGAUUUCAGUGGCAUUGCAGAAGAACUUGAUUACAACAGGAUACAUUAUUCAGUUAUAAGUGGAAAUUCCUAAGUAUUGUCUCCAAGAAAUGGCACUCAUUCGUAUUGUUAUUGGAUGCCUAUAUACCCUUGUUAUUUGCACAGCCUAUGGUUCUACUUUGUCUUCAAACGCUGAGAUAAAAGUUAAUCCUCCUCAGGAUUUUGAGAUCGUGGAUCCUGGAUACUUGGGUUAUCUCUAUUUACAAUGGCAACCUCCAUUGUCUCUGGAUGAUUUUGAUGAAUGCACAGUGGAAUAUGAAUUAAAAUAUAGAAAUAUUGAUAGUGAAAGCUGGAAGACCAUCAUUACUAAGAAUCUACAUUACAAAGAUGGGUUUGAUCUUAACAAAGGCAUUGAAGCAAAGAUUCACACACUUCUGCCAGGACAAUGCACAAAUGGAUCAGAUGUUCAAAGUUCAUGGUCGGAAGCUACAUACUGGACAUCACUACAAGGAAAUCUGGACACUAAAAUUCAGGAUAUGGAUUGUGUAUAUUACAACUGGCAAUAUCUAUUCUGCUCUUGGAAACCUGGCACAGGUGCUCUGUUUGAUACAAAUUACAACUUGUUCUACUGGUAUGAGGGCUUGGACCAUGCGUUAGAAUGUUCUGAUUAUACCAAGGAUAAUAAAAUAAAUAUUGGAUGUAGAUUUCCCUAUUUGGAGUCAUCAGACUAUAAAGAUUUCUACAUCUGUGUUAAUGGAUCAUCAGAAUCCAAGCCUAUUAGAUCCAGCUAUUUUGUUUUUCAGCUUCAAAAUAUAGUUAAACCUUUGCCACCAGACUACCUUAGUUUAACUGUGAAGAAUUCAGAGGAGAUAAUCUUGAGAUGGGACUUGCCCAGAGGCCCCAUUCCAGCCAAGUGUUUUAUUUAUGAAAUUCAACUCACAGAAGAUGAUACUACCUGCGUGACUACUACCACAAUUGCGAAUGAAAUGUAUAUCACAAGAACAUCAAAAGAAAGCCAGCAAUUAUGCUUUUUAGUAAGAAGCAAAGUGAAUAUUUAUUGCUCAGAUGAUGGAAUUUGGAGUGAGUGGAGUAAAGAACAGUGCUGGAAAGGUGACCCAUGGAAGGAAACAUUGUUGUUUUCUUUGAUUCCACUUGCUUUUGUCAUAUUAUCUGUUUUGUUAAUAACUUGUCUGGUUUUAUGCAAACACAAAACUGUAGUGAAAAUGGUAUUUCCUAUGAAAAAGGAAGCAUUUUCUCAUCAAGAAACACUCUGUUGACUCAUCAAUUUUCAAUCUUAUACCCAACUAUUAGCUAUGUCUUACCAAACUGUAUUUUUCUCUAGAACUUGAAUAAAAUCUUAUACUGAAAGAAUUAUUAUCUUUAUAUAGGCUUUAGUGUAUUCAAACCCUCAAUAGUAAAUUUUCUGGAUUCCAUUGAGAGGUUUUUUUACCCUCAUUAAUCCACAGUAUGUGUGCUGUUUAUGGAGAUGUCAAGGGAGAUUCUAUUUAGUGACAUAUUAGUAAAACAAUGUGAUUUCACAACUUGUACUAAACCAGGGCAAUAUUACUAAUCUUGGAAGAUGAGAUUCUCUUUUUUAUUUGGGAUGAAACUAUUCCCCAUGAAUAGGGUUUUUGGCUUUGGAAGUUACUUGUUCAGAAGAUUAGUAAGUUUUAAACACAGUCACAGGUAAAAUAUUUGCUUCAUAUUUUAUGAAAAAGGUGGGAGGAAUGCAGCUGACAUUAAUUAAAUGACUAUCGAUCUUAUUUGAAAAAUCAGAGGUUACUAAGUUACCGUAAAAGCUUGAGAGUUUCUUACACUUUGUUUUCAGGAAGCAUUUAGUACUUUCUGAUGGUAUGAUGUUUUAAAUUUUUUCAGGGACCAAAAGGCACAGGUCUCUGAAAUUAGUAAGAGCCUUUUAAAAGUAUAACUAACCUUCAUAUGAGUUCACAAUUGACUUCUAGGAGAGAAUGUGGCAGGUGUAGACAGAUGCUUUAAAAUUUAAGGAAUAAUGACUUAACAUGCAAUCAAGUACCAGGGUUUAGUUUAGAUCAGUUUAUAUUUAAUAUAAUUCAGAGAGCUUUUACUCAGUAGUCCAUUGACCCGUAGAGUAGGUGUUAUCUGGGAACUUAUUAAAAUGCAGAAUCUCAGAACCCAACCCAGACCCACUCAAUCUGCAUUUUAACACCAUCCUCAGGUGAUCGAUUUGCACUUUCUAAUAAUUUUUUUAUUGACAUGACAUUGCAUUAUAACAUAUUUCAUGUGCGCAUCAUUAUAAAUCAGUGUUUGUAUAUACUACAUUAAGUUCACCGCUAAAGUCCAAUUCUAUUGUUCACCAUACAGUUGACCCCUUUUUCAUCUGAUUAAACCCUUCCCUUCUG